UCGCCCUCCGAGCUCUGCCCGGCCCCUCCAAGCGAGGGAUGCAGCUCUCGUCCCUCUCCCUGCCCCCUGAGCACUCAUUAACCGCGGUGCCGCCGCUCGGCGGGGCCGGGCCGGCGGCUCCUGCCCCGGGAGGGAGGCCGGGCCAGCAGAGCCGCCUCCUUCCCGCUCCCUGCCCAGGCUGAGGGCCAGGGCCGUGCCGUGCCAUGGCCGCUCCCUGCUACCUGGGCUGGGAUUUCAGCACGCAGCAGUUGAAAGUCAUUGCUAUUGAUGAACAGCUGAGGGUCAUUUAUGAGGAUAAUGUUCAUUUUGAUAAGGAUCUUCCGGAAUUUAAGACUCAAGGUGGAGUCUACAUUCACAGUGAUAGACUGACAGUCACUUCACCCGUGCUUAUGUGGGUCAAGGCUCUGGAUGUGAUCUUGGAAAAGAUGAAGUCUUCAGGCUUUGACUUCUCUCAAGUCAGAGCAAUGUCUGGUGCUGGCCAGCAACAUGGGAGUGUGUACUGGAAAAAAGGAAGCAUCCAGAUUUUAAAGAAUGCAUCACCUGAACUGCCUUUGCACCAAUCACUAAAGGGCUGUUUUUCAGUCAGGGACAGCCCCAUCUGGAUGGAUUCCAGCACAGCCUCCCAGUGCAGAGCCCUGGAGAAAGCCCUGGGGGGAGCCCAGCACCUGGCCAGGGUCACUGGCUCCAGGGCCUACGAGCGUUUUACAGGAAACCAGAUAGCAAAGAUUUACAGCCAGAAUCCUGAGGUCUACAAGCAAACUGAGAGAAUCUCUUUGGUCAGUAGCUUUGCAGCUUCCCUUUUCCUAGGAACUUAUGCACCCAUUGAUUACAGUGAUGGUUCUGGUAUGAACUUGCUGCAGAUUUGGGAAAAGGCAUGGUCAAAGCCCUGCCUUGAUGCUUGUGCCCCUGGAUUAGAGGAGAGACUGGGAUGCCCUGUCCCAUCCCACUCAGUCCUGGGGCCCAUUUCUCCAUAUUAUAGUCAACGUUAUGGGUUUAGCCCAGACUGUAAAAUAGUAGCAUUUACAGGAGACAAUCCAGCAUCACUGGCAGGGAUGAGACUUCAAGAAGGAGACAUUGCAAUUAGCCUUGGCACAAGUGACACAUUGUUCCUGUGGAUCCAAGAGCCAACUCCUGCCUUAGAAGGUCAUAUUCUCUGCAAUCCUGUUGAUUCUCAAACAUAUAUGGCCCUUUUAUGUUUUAAGAAUGGCUCUCUGAUGAGAGAGAGGAUCAGGGAUGAGUGUGCUUCAGGCUCCUGGGAUGAAUUCUCCAAAGGCUUAUCAUCAACUGAUGCUGGAAACAGUGGAAACUUGGGUUUCUACUUUGAUGUGAUGGAAAUUACUCCUGAAGCAGUUGGGGUUCACAGAUUCAACAGAGACAACCAAAAGGUUACAAGGUUUCCAAAGGAAGUAGAAAUACGAGCGCUGAUUGAAGGGCAGUUCAUGGCCAAGAGGAUUCAUGCUGAGAAGCUGGGAUAUAAAGUCUUGCCUAAAACAAGGAUUUUGGCUACUGGUGGCGCAUCCCACAAUAAAAAGAUCUUACAGGUCCUGUCCGACGUGUUCAACGCGCCCGUGUUCACCAUCGACACGGCCAACUCUGCUUGUCUGGGAAGUGCUUACAGAGCAAUCCAUGGACUUGUAGCUGAGAGGAAUGUGCCCUUGGCUGAUGUUGUGAAAUUAGCACCAGAGCCCAGAUUGGCUGUUACACCCACCCCAGGGGCUGAGGAGCUCUAUCGUCCACUUCUGAAAAGAUAUGCUGAGCUUGAACAGAAGGUUAUCUACAACCCAGCCUCUUCUUGUCUUGUGAAAUAGAAGCAAAUAAAAUUUAUAUGUUGUCUGAGCAGACUCCCAAGGAGAAGAUCAGAAGAGAUUUGCUCAGAAUUUACUGGAGCUGUUUAAAUCAUUUCGUUCCUCUUUGUAGACAAUUUUUAAAUGUCUGUGUUUGAGUGUGUUGGUGGGGAAAAAAUUACAUUGUGAUUGAAAACCUGAUUAAAAAAGCAUCAUAUUGCUCUGUG